UAAGGGCACAUUAGAUCGAAAAGUUUUUAUUAAAAAAAAAUUAAAUAUAUUUCUGCGAUAUUCUAAGUGAAGUAGUGGGGGCAAGGAAUAGCGCUUUGAGGACUGCCUCAUCAGGUCCUCGCUAGCCGAAAUAAAAUCCAAUCAGUGCAAUAAAUUUCGAACUGCGUGAUAUGCAGAAGAUGUCCCAGGAUCCAAUGAAAUAUUAUUAUUGAUUCCUUCUUGGCGAAAUCGCGAAUAAGUCAACUCAAACACGUGUUCCUGUCCGUCUGAUUAGUCGCUGCACCUUCCCGCCGGCACUGCCUAGGCCGCAAAAGUCGGUGCGGCACCACGGUGGAUUUCUUCUACCAUCGACCCUUGUAGUUUGACCACCCCAAAAUCAAAAGAAGUGCUCGAAAAUGGUUGACGCCGCCAGGCAAAUGCUUGAUGAGCUAAUGGGCAGGAAUAGAAACCUGCAUCCAUCAGAGGCCGGCGCCAAGGUUAAUUGGGAAGAUCCCGAGUUUUGUCAGUUCUACAACGUAAAGUUCUGCCCACAUGAUUUGUUCAUUAAUACCCGCGCAGAUCUGGGUCCCUGUACCCGCAUUCACGACGAAGAGGCCCGUCAUCUGUACGAGGAUGCUCGACCCUCGCAAAAAAAGCGGCAAUAUGAAGAUGAGUUCCUCAGAUUCUGCAAUGUGAUGCUGCAUGAUGUGGAUCGAAAGAUUCAAAAGGGCAAACAACGAUUGCUUUUAAUGCAGAGAGAUCAACCAAAUGCUGCAAACCCAUUGAGCAGGCAUCAGGAGCAACUGGGUAAUCUGACUGCCAGAAUCAAUAAGCUUCUCUCCGAGGCGGAGGAAGCUGGAAUUCGGGGGGACGUGGACCAGGCACAGGAUCUAAUGACCCUUUGCGACGAGCUUAAGGAGGAGAGGGAGCAACUGGUCCAGCAGCACGAGGCCCAUAAUAAAGCCAUCAGCUUGACGACAAGAUUACCAGAGGAAGAGCAUCAGCAACAGUCGCGCAGCAGUCCGGUCACAAAUCCAAGCGAGGAAACCUCAAGCAACCCUCUUCCUGCCAUCACCACGAAUUCUAGUGAUGAAGCACCAAAUGCAGCUCCAAGCUCUACAACAGCAGGAGCCAAUCCAACGGAAGACGGCGAAGCAGCUGAAGUCGCAAGCGAGGAUAAAACUGAAAAAACAGAAAACAAGACGUCUAGUUGGUCGCAUGACGCGUUGCCUGAAAAACAGAUGAAGGUGUGCGAGAUCUGCGGGGCUUUUCUGAUCGUUGGCGAUGCACAACAGCGGAUCGAGGACCAUUUGAUGGGCAAACAGCACUUAGGGUACUCCAAGCUGCGGAACGCGGUGACUGAGAUCAACGAUGCGCGACAGAAAGAACGUGAGCAAGAGGAUCGACGAAGGCGUGAGGGCCGAGUUCAGCGCUUCCACUCCUAUGAAAGCAGACGCGAACCCCGCAACGAGUACCGGGAGCGAAGUCGCGAAUAUGUUCAAAAUCGUCAACCUUCAGAUCGGCGUCAUCAUCACCAUAAGUCGCACCACAGUUCCCAUCACUCGUACUCGCGGAGUGGUGGAGGUAGCGGAGGAGGAGGCGGCGGCGGUGGUAGUGGUGGUGGUGGCAGCAGCAGCCGGAGCAACCGGAGUCACCACAAUCACAACCAUAAUCACUACCGCCAUGACAGCCGCGAGCGACAUUGCCGCAGUCGGAGUCGUAGCCGCUACUAGAGACCAAAAAUUAAAAAAACAAAAAAAAAAACGAAGUGGAAAUUAAGCACCACAAGUAAAUGACGCAUAGAAACUUAAGCUGAAAGUCAGGAGCAGUUCCCAAAGCCCCAAAUACGAGAGCACACACACACAACCGAAUAUGAUCAAGAGCAAAACGAACACAAUCUCUCGCCCAUCUACAAUCUUCAGUCUUCAGUCCUAAGUGUUCCCAAAUCUGCAAUUCCGUAAGCAGAAGCUGUCCUGGUGAAAUGAGGCAGCAUCGAGGUACCCAAAAAAAAAAAAAUAACAAAAAUCAUUAACACAAUUUCCAAAAAAAAAAAUAUAUAUAUAAUAUGUAUAAAAACAGUAUCUGAGCUGGCAAAAACGUGUGCGCUGAGGAGUUGCCAAUUGAACAACGGAACCCAAAAAUAUAUGGAAAAGAAUGAGAGGGAUAUAUAUAAAGUGAAAGAGAGAGACAUAUAUAGAAAGAAGAACCAACCAGGUAACUUCUAUGCCACACAUCCCCAACAUAAAUGUUUCUUCACGACAGACAAGGCGGCGUCGGGAUAGCAAACCAAAACCUAUAGUCCUCAAUCCAGAAAUGAACGAUCAUCAAUCGGCGAUCAACGAACGAUCAGUGAUGAUCAGUGAUCAGAGAAUGAAAGAGAAGGCAGAAUGAGACACUCGUGUAUAACUGUGUAUUAGGCAUGAUACAAAAAAAAAACGAGGUGAAUUUCAAUUUCUCUCAUCUACUUAUAACUAUAUUAUUAUUAUUAUAUAUAUAUAUCUAUAACUCCACUACCCCCUCCAUUACUCCAUCAUCCAUCCCUUCGAUCUAUCUAUGGAAAUCGUUAUCGAAACGGCGGGGUAUCUCAGUUAAUAAUUAUCUUAAAACUUUUAAACCGUACAUAUACAUAUAUGAAUGUAUGGUUGCUUUACUUUUGGUGUCCUCGCAGGUUGAACUCCCUAUUCCCUGGCCUGCAAGGACCCCCUGACUAACUAACUUUUAACCUCUUCCACCAUCCCCCCAAGCAUCCUGAUCCCCAUCCAUUAAUCCAUUAUCCCGCCUCUUAAUUUUUGCUUUACACCAUCACCUCGUAAUUAUUCAAUUGAAUUGAGUUCCCAACGGGCAAGCAAGAGUUAAAAAAAAAAAAAAUCACAAAUGCAGAAUUAAGUUUUAGUGUAACCAAUCAAUAAAAUUCGAUCGAUCGCCUGUAGUCAUGUAAAAAUGUUUUUAAUUAUGAAUUACGAUAUGAGUAAGGAUACAACAUUCUAUUGAGAGACUCGCAAUAAUUUUCUAAUAAAGAGCAACGUAAAUCCCGAAAACGAAA